UCUAGUUCCUUUUUAAAAUGGCUCGUACCAAGCAGACUGCACGUAAAUCCACCGGUGGCAAGGCGCCACGCAAGCAGCUGGCCACCAAGGCCGCCCGCAAAAGCGCGCCGGCUACGGGCGGCGUCAAGAAGCCGCACCGCUACCGGCCCGGCACCGUGGCGCUGCGCGAGAUCCGCCGCUACCAGAAGUCCACCGAGCUGCUGAUCCGCAAGCUGCCGUUCCAGCGCCUGGUGCGCGAGAUUGCGCAGGACUUCAAGACCGACCUGCGCUUCCAGAGCUCGGCGGUCAUGGCGCUGCAGGAGGCCUGCGAGGCCUACCUGGUGGGGCUGUUCGAGGACACCAACCUGUGUGCCAUCCACGCCAAGCGCGUCACCAUCAUGCCCAAGGACAUCCAGCUGGCGCGCCGCAUCCGCGGGGAGAGGGCGUAACUAGAUCCUAGCUUCAUUUUCGCCAAAGGCUCUUUUCAGAGCCACCCACGUUCUCAAACAAAAUAGCUGUAAAAACACUUCAGUGGACCAUACGCUUGAGUGUUAAUUCUGCACUUUACCACACUUUCCUAGUGUG